UUCGAUCUCCUAAAACCUUAGUGCUACCUGCCGCCCCCGCAUCCCUUUCCCGCCGUCCCCCGCAUCGAAAACCCUAGCUCAUCCUAGUCCGGCGGCGGGGAUGCCAGGGAUGCUGACGGACGGCGGCCGCGCAAGUGGCGCCAUCGUCCCAUUCUCGGGGGAGUCAGGCCACGCGGCGGCGGUAGCCCCACCCGUGCGGACCAUCCGCCACGGUGUGGCCCCGCCCAUCUCCCGCGUCUACGUCUCAUUUUCUAGCGGCAACCUCCUGCAGGUUGCUUGUCUCCGCCCGCCGAAUCAGGAGGGCGGCGGCGAGCGUAGGGCUGAGGAGGUCGGUGGGAGAGUGGUGGAGGUAAACCUCGGCGGUGGCGGCGCCGGCGCCGGCGCCGGCUGCGCGGAUGUCGAGGAGGAGAUCGAUGAGGCGGAAAUGAGGAGGGUCGAGUACGGGUCGGUACCGGCGUUUGCGCUGCUUCAGAGCAGGAGGAAUGCGCUCGCUGAUGCAGCUGCUAUGUCUCGUGUGCCUGCAGUCUCCGAGCACGCAGAGUGGUGGCAAUAUGUGCUUGAAUAUAGUAAAACUAUCAAUAAUCUCCUUGGGAACACAGAUUCUCUUCCUGCUUUCAUGAUUGAUGACCCAAAGACGAUUCUUAAGGUCAGGGAGAAGCUGACUAGUUUAAAGGCUGCAUGGGAGUUGCUGGAGAUAUUCUUUGUUGAUAAACAGUUACAAAGUUGGCUUCCAGAGCGUCUUGUUGAUUGGUUAGCCGACUAUGAUAGUCUCUUGACCAAGACAGAGAACACGGUAUACCGCAUGCUCAGUAAUUUCCAGAAAAAGCUCAUCAACCUGCAGAUUGUUGAAGAUGACCCUGAUUAUUGGAAUGGAUUGUCAUCUGCACUGUCAGUUGGAUGGCUUGAUAUUGUGGUGAAUAUGCUACGUUUUCAUGGAUCAUACCAACUGGAUCAGAUGGACAGCCGUGAGACAGAAAAUGGGUUGGUUGAAGCUGUUGCUGUUCUUGUGUCAACCAUGCCACGCAUGCGACCAGAUUUGCCAUCGGGUAAAUUAGGCUACUGUUGUAAAACAAGACCUGAUUUUAUAAAGGCACUGGAAAAAUGGCGAGGUCAAGUAAGUAAACUGGAGUGCAGUGCAUUCUGGAUUCAGUGUGGCCACCAAAAAACCCGUGAUGGUUUGAAGAAUUUGCUCCAUAUUAUGAUGGGGAACAUAAAGAACCUCACUGCUGCAACUUCACAUUGGCUGGAGCUAUUUAUUUCUCAUUUUCUUUAUAUAAGGCCGUUCACAGUGGGUUUUGAAGGGAUGCAUCAGUUAGCACAAAAGUGCAUACAGCUUAAACCGACUGCUGAAAAUAGUGGAUUGACAGGCCUCCUUACUGGCAUCCUUUCAGAAAAUACAGAGGUUGUCUUAGCUGAAUGCACCAAAAAAUUUGGCCCUUGGAUGGUCACACAUGCUAUGGAGCUGUUGACUGCUGACAAUGAUUACGCAGAUAUGAUGUUGCAUGAGGAGAGACCUGAGUUCGGUGGUAUAAGCAUAGAGGAGCUGCACCGGCUAGUUUAUGCUCAAGUGUUGUGCUCUCACUCUCUAACUUGGCAGAUUGCACCAACUUAUCUGUCAUCAUGUCUAAACCAAGGCCUAGGGCUGUUGGAGAUUCUACUUCUCAAGCAACCCAUACAAGAUAAUCGUCUUGUAUUGAAGACUUUGGAAAUUUGCCGCUUGUUUGAGCUGGAGAAUGUUAGUACAAAUAUCAUGAAGAUUGCAGGCAUUUAUCAUUGGAAGCAUGGGAGGAAAGGGACUGGAGUUUACUGGUUCCAGCAAGCUCAUGAUAAAGUUCGGCUUGACAGAAUUGCUCGACAGUUGUUCGAACACAUUGGGAAGUCGGUCACAGAUGAUAGUUUUAAGCAAUGGGAGGGGCUGCUUGAGUUACUAGGUUCUGACAUUGGUAGCGCAGGUGGUCUUGAGUUCCUUCACAGGUACCGGGAUUUCAAAAGGUCUCUUUGGCAGGCACAAGAAGGAAGGACUGGUCAGUCUGCUCGCCAGACCGUGGAAUUUCUUAUACAGCUGAUGAGAAACCCUUCUACACCUCAACGUUUCUGGCUACCCCUUUUACAUGACUCGGUGAGGCUUCUUAAUUGCAAACCCUGCCCAUUGUUGAAUGUUGCUGAAACGACCUUGUUGCUCAACAAACUACAAGAAUUGUCAAUGGCCAAACUUCGACCUGACUUUUCCAACAUCUACCUACCAAGCCAUGCACUGAACUCCGUCAGGCUAGCUCUGGCAUCAAAUCUUGCGCGUGCUAUUCUUGAAGAACCGUAAGUUAUAGUUAUUUUCACGGGAGGAGUAUCAGAUAUAUUUUGCUGGAAGUUUGGGGGUGACGGUGUUCCUCGGCAGUUGAUUACCAGUAAUGGUGUUUUCCUUGAGAAAAGGUUGAACAUGUGUUCGCUCUGGAUGGGCAAAGGUUGAACCGUUCACCAUGGAUGAGCAAUUGUUCUAUGCGUGUAUGUAUGUACCGUGCUUUGUAUUUUUUGGCUUUAGUGAUAUUUUAGAUGCCAAUUGCAUUUACGAAGCCCUAAACCGUGCAUAACCAUGACCUUCGUUAUAACGGGUGACGGGUGACGUGCCUCAGAUAAGAGUGAAUGGAGAAAGUUUAUAGUGGA